AUGGCCAUGUUCAGCCCUAGCCUCAUCUUGCAGAGCUGGCCAGCCAUGGCCCCCUGGACCAAGGCCGCCCAUCUUUUGGUCCUGGCUUUGGCAGGGCUCAUAACCUAUAGCCUCUGCCUCGUGUUUUACCGUCUCUUUCUACACCCACUCAGAAACGUGCCGGGUCCCAAGUUGGCGGCGGCAACAAGUUGGUAUGAGUUCUACGAGGAUGUCAUCCUUGACGGGCACUACCUCAAGGAGUAUCCUCGACUACAUGCCCAAUACGGUCCUAUUGUCCGCAUGAGUCCAAACAGAGUUCACGUCAAUGACGUGGAGUUUUAUCACUUGGUCUUUUCUACAGGAACCAAGUUUUCCAAAGAGCCAGCCUUAUCCAAGGUUGCAGGCGACCUCGACGCACUACCGUUCGUUCUGGACCCCCCGGCGCAUAAGGCUCGCCGCGCCAUCAUCAGUCCCAUGUUCUCUCCCGCUUCCAUGAGACAGUUCUCGCCGAGCCUCCUCCAAAUCAUCAAGGCUGCCUUGGGAAAGGUGGAAGAAGCAUAUGAGUCGGGGCUUCCCUUGCGCCUAAACAGGUUGGAGUCCAACUUUUCGAUGGAUAUUAUGAUGAAGUUGUGUUUCGGCAAGGACAUGAACUGCAUCCAAGGGUCAGAAGAGACCUCCGCCUUGGUCGACUCGCUGGUCUCUCUGACCGGCAACUUUGCUCUCAUGAAGCACUUCCCUAUCCUGGGCACUACAUUGCAGUCGUUCCCCAACCCGGUCAUGGCACGCUUGGCCCCAGGCUUUGUGGAGUUUCGCAGUAAAUGUGCCGAGUGGGUCACCGAGGUCCGUCAGAGACAGCAGGAGAAGGGCAUCUUCUCCGAUGAGACUGGUCGCCAGACCGUCUUCGACGCCAUCCUCGAAGCCGAGCCGCACCGCAGCACCAAGAGCCUGGUGGACGAGACGUUUUCCCUCGUCAUCGCCGGUACCGAGACCACGGUGACGACCAUCACCUUUGGCGUGUGGUGCAUCCUGAAGAACCCCGAUAUCCAAAGAAGGCUGCUAGACGAACUCAGCGAGGUGGAAACAAAUGAGGAUGGGUUGAUGGAAUACCAAAACCUGGCCAACUUGCCCUAUCUGACUGCUGUUAUCACUGAGACCCUACGCAUAUCGUCUGCGGCGUCCGGCAUUCUAACGCGCGUUGUGCCGGCCGGGGGAACCACAUACGGCAAACACUUCCUCCCGGAAGGGACCUCCGUCUCGACGGCACAGCGCAUGAUACAUCACAACCCUAACCUCUACCCCGAGCCCGACGUCUUCAACCCCGAGAGAUGGCUAGGCGACGACGCGGCGACGUACAAGAAGAACCUGGUCCCGUUCAGCAAGGGUCCACGGGUGUGUCCCGGCAUGAAUCUCUCCUACAUGGAGGCCUAUGUCUUCCUCGCAAACCUCUUUCGACGCUUCGAUAUGCGCUUGGAGGACGCAGAGCAAGACACGCUCCGCUGGAGGGAUUAUACCACCCUUCGUCUGGACGAUGAUGUGAAGAUCCUGGUCAAUGGUCUCAGGUAA